AUGGCAUUUUAUCAAUGUGUCUGCUUGGAAACACCUGAAUGCCUUGAUAAUUCUGCUGCUGCUGCAGAGGUUGCUGAUGAGUCAACAUUGUUAACUGGAUUAGCUGUUUCUAAACUUCCUCGUCGUACACUUGGAAAUUUAUAUGCUAAAAUUCUUCGUUCAUUGGAAAAAUGUCCAGCUGAAUCAGCCUACAGAAAAAAUGUUGAAUCAAUUGUCAAAGAACGAGCUGCAAUAGUUAAAUCUACUGAAGAUGUUGCAAAAAUUGAGAAUAAAAUUGGAUGUGGUCAAGUUGAAGAAUUGAUCCUUCAGGCUGAAAAUGAAUUACUUCUUACUCGUCGAAUGAUCAACUGGAAGCCUUGGGAAGCAACAAUUCAACCACCCAAGCACCAAUGGGUUUGGCCACCACACAAAUAA